CGUAAAGCCCCGUCCUUAUCCAAUGAACGACGCAAACCUCUCCGUCUCUUGUUCUUCUUCAAUAUAUAGAUAUAUAUAUAUAUAUGUAUGUAUAUAUUAAAAAAAACACUAAUUGUGAAUCAUAUUGCAUCUUUGUUUGACGACGUAAAAGGCAACAACUACUAUAAUGGGAAACUGUUUGAGGCAUAAAUCGGCGACGGUAUGGGCCGGUGACGACUGGGGUUCUGUGAUUGACGACAACGCUAAAGACACGGAUGGUGGUACGGAGAAGCUGAAGCUUCUAGGUGAAAUGAGAGGUUUUGAUUGGUCGUCUGAUUUCUCUAGUGGUGAGCAUGGUAACAGAGGAAUAGGCGCUAGAGAGAUGAAGAUCAGGGUUUCUAAAAAGGAGAUGGAGAAGCUGGUGGGGAUGCAGGGUUUGUCUGUGGAACAAUUCCUCUCCCAGCUGAUGAUCAACGGUCGUGAUAAUCGUGAUCUUGGCCCUCAGUUGGAGCAUCAACGGUCCUGGAGGCCGGUCCUUCAGAGCAUACCUGAGGAGGACUAGCUUGGUUCUUGAUGAAUAAUGAUCGCCAAAUAUGAUAUAUGUUAUAAUUGAGUGAUUUCAUAAGAUCAGGGUUUUUUUUUUUAUUAUAUAAUUUGUUGGUGUUUAUAAUAUAUAUUGUUAUCUGUAAUUAGUCGGAUCAUGUAAUGUACAUUACCAAAAACAAAAAAA